UGGCCGCCUUCAGACGCGGAAGUAGCUGUUCUGGUUGACAAAGUGUCAGCCAAAAUAUUAUUAUUUAGUUUUAUUUGUAUUUAUUUUUAUUUCCCCCGGUAUCUGUUAACAGCCACAGAGGAUGAACGGCCGGAGAGUGGCUCGAGGGGGAGGAAAAGGACCGGCACCCAGGGGGGCCCCUUUCCUCCUGGAUGGGUUAGCUGCAGAUGGUGAUUCAGAGGAUGAUGGAAGCUUAGAGGCUGAACUUCUCGCUCUGACUGGGGGGCGCCCAGCUGGGAACAAAGAAAAACCCAAAGGAAAAACUCCGCUUCCUAUGGAACAUAUUGAGAAGAUGGCUGCUUUGUGUAUGCAGGACCUUGAUGAUGAAGACGAUGGAGAAGAUUUAGACGAUGACGAGGAUCUGUUGGCAGAGUUGGAUGAGGUCCUCGGGGAUGAUGAUGAGAAGCUCACCGUUGUAGCCUCUCCUUCACAAGCUAUUUCACACUCUUCUCAAUCAGCCCCUUCUUCUGAAGGGAGCAUGGAGAGUACGCUCACAGAUCGUUUGGCCAUGUAUAAGGACGCUCUGUCUAAUGCCAAACAAGCUGGAGAUGGAAGCAAAGCUAGGAGACUGGAGAGAGGUGUGAAGACUUUGGAAGACUUGCUCCGUUCUGUCAAAAAAGGCAGGUCAGUGUCUCCGGAUGACAUUCCUCCUCCGGUGGCAGUCGGAAAGAGCCAGAAUUCUCCUGUAACUUCUCCACCGGCCCCCGUGUUUACUGAACCCCCAAAUCAGCCACUCUCAACCUCUGUGAACAAACCACCCUCUCCAGCUCCUACUACAAUAAGGGUACCUCCCCCUGUACCUGUCAAACCCCAGAGCCUCCCCCAACUUGUGACACCUGUGGCAUCAAGUUCACCUGCCACCCCAAACCCAGAAACAGAUGGAGACAAGGCUCGUGUUCUGGAGAGGCAGAGAGAGUACAAACUGGCAGCUUUACAUAGCAAACAGCAAGGAGACACAGAGAUGGCCAGCAAGUAUUAUCGCGUUGCCAAGUCUCUGGAUGCAGUACUGACUGCUUUGGACUCUGGACAGAAAUUGGAUCCGCGAAGCCUGCCGCCUCCUGCAGAUCAGCUGCCAGUGAACAAACCUGGGCCCCCCCAAUCUCCGGUGAGCACAGCACCGCCGCCGGCUGCACCAGCCCCAACCGCACCAGCCCCAACCCCAACCGCAGAUCCUCCACCACCACCUCGUAAUACACAGGAAGCUUUGCAACAAAGGAUGGAGCGUUACCGCAGCGCGGCAGAGCAAGCCAAAGGGCGAGGUGAUGAUCGCAAGGCGCGCAUGCACGAGCGCAUUGUGAAGCAAUAUCAGGAUGCCAUCCGAAGCCACAAAGCGGGUAAACCGGUCAAUUUGGCAGAGCUUCCUGUCCCUCCUGGGUUUCCUCCCUUGCAUGGAUUAGAAGCCUCUCCCCAGGAACAAAGCAUUGUGGGAGUUCUGGAGAACGCAAUGAAGCUGGCCAAUCAGCCAGACGGAGAGGGAAGCGACAGUGAAGAUGAAGAAGGCGAGACAGACACAAGAAAGCUCGCUCCUCAGUCAGGACAUGCAUUACAGCCUCAGGUGGCUGCUCCAAAGGUCUCCCCAUCAAAAAGUCCCAAGCAGUCUGGAAAAGCCCAACAGCAGCUCCAGUUCCUGGAAGGUAGGAGGAAACAGCUCAUGUCUGCUGCCCUCCGUUCCAAGCAGCACCGGGAUAUGGAAGGUGCCAAGAUGUUCCUACGGCAAGCCAAAGGUUUGGAUGCCAUGAUUGAAGCUACAAAGAAUGGACUUCCAGUGGACAUUACUAAGGUCCCAUCUGUCCCUGUGAAUGAAGAUGAUUUUACACUGCAGCGGAAAGGAGGAAGUUCCGUUCAGAAUGCGGAGAUGUACCUCAAAAUGAUGGAAAAGUUAAAGCAACAGCAUGAGAUGUGCAUGUCGUAUUCUCAGCAAUUCACUCACCUGGGGAACAUCACGGAGACGGCAAAGUAUGAAAAACUGGCAGAGGAGUGCAUGAAGUAUAUUGAGCUAAUAAAGCAGGCUCACACCAGAGGUCUCCCUGUGCCUCGCUAUCACUACGAAGAGAGGACCGUCAGUGUUGUCAAGAUCUUCCCAGAGCUUAGUAACUCUGAUCUUGUCCUGUACGUUACCAGAGCCGUCAAUUUGCCGAUUCCUGCAGGAACAUCUCACCAAGACAUGGACACAUUUGUGCGGUUUGAGUUUGGCUAUCCCAGUCUGGAAGAAGCUCAGAAAGACAAAACAAACAUUGUAAAGGGCACCAAUUCUCCAGUAUACAAAGAGAAAUUUACUCUACAAAUUAACCGCAAUCACCGUGGUCUGAAGAGGGCAAUCCAGGCGAAAGGCAUGAAGUUUGAAGUUAUUCUGAAGGGGGGUCUCUUUAAGUCUGAUCGCCUGCUGGGGACCUCACAUCUCAAGCUGGAUGCUCUAGAGUCUAACUGUGAGAUCCGGGAGAUACUGGAGGUGAUGGAAGGACGCAAACCAUCAGGUGGAAAGCUGGAGGUGGCUGUCAAAAUCCGGGACCCCCUCACAUCUCAGCAGCUCAGCACCACCACUGAAAAAUGGCUGGUUAUAGAGCCAUUUACAUUGCCUCCAGUGUCUGCUCCGAAACCCAAACAGCCAACACCAGCUAAGUCUCCGGUCAGCAGCGGCCCCACCUUGUAUUGUUUGAGUGUUUUGGCUUAUGAGGAGGAAAAACUGGAAAAGAAGGUACAUGUAUAUCGGCAGCAGCAAAGAGCGGUUCCUGAUGACCUCUUUGCUCAGCUCAGUGAUGUCAAGAAGCGUAGGGAGCGACAGAUGCAGCAGCUGCGGCAGGGAGGACCUGUACGAUCCGAAUAUGUUCGCCAGCUACAUCGCUAUCUACAGUUUUAUGAGGACUCUGCACGUCGACUUGGACAAGAAGGAAACAGGGAAGGAGCCAAGGAAGCGUUAUAUAAACGGAAUCUUGUAAAUAGUGAGCUGCAGAAAAUGAAUCAAUGAAGAAUUUGCCAGAUGAGGAAGACCUAGGUGGAGGUGUUUCAGUGCCUUAUUGCCCCCACAUUGGCACCAAUCAGUACCCCUGUCUCCAUCUGCUUCUCCUGUCUUCCCAGCCACAUCCGUGUGUUCUGAGAGUUGGCUUAUUUGGACAAUCUGACAUAUUGAGCACUUUUUUUAGUCAUUGUGAACUUUCACUCUGAAAAAUACACUACCAAAGGCACCAGCAGCAUGGCAAUGUGGGAGCUUGUGAGCAGCAAGAUGUUUGUCAUAUUCUCUUAUACUGCACUAAAUUGAAAAUCGUUUUUUCUUGAAAGCUGUGUUUUCUAGAAUGGACGGGUUAUAGAAGUGCGCAUGCACGUCCGCUAGUGUGAGCAUCUGAGUGCAUGUGUGCGCGUGUUGUGAUUUAAAUAAAGAAGAGGAAUGCUUUUUUUGAAGAGAUAAAAGUAAUCGCAUUGUGAGAAAUUGACUGCAUUUCCAGCAUGUACACAAAGAUGAUGUAAAAGCGGACAAAUGCAGGUUUACACACGUCCACGUUCGUUCUGUGCACUCGUUCGUCCUUUAAUAUACUCCCUUUUUUUUUUAUUCGCUGCAUGUGUGUGUUGUAAUGACAGCUCCAGCACCGAGCUAUGUAACAUACCUCAGCGGUGCCAUGUUGUACAUACAUAUAGCUGGAUGUUGCUCCCAUCUUCAAUAUGUACAAAGGAAAUCUACAAUUGUACUAUUCGAGACUUUAAAAUAUUAAACACUAUGCACUCUAGUUACUGUAGCAGCUCUAAUUCAGAUACAAAUUAAUUAAAAUUUAAAGAAAGGUGGUUUACAUGUAUAUUUAUGUAUAAAUUCAUUAAGAGACAGACAGGGCAUUCUUUUAAAAAUAGGUGUAUGACUCAUUUAGUUUGAAUUAAAUUUAAAAAAGGAAUAACAAAAAAAAAAAAAAUUCUCAUGGCGUAGCCUCGGUUAAUUUUUUCUAAACUAGUGCAGCUAAAAGAAACCUACCGCAAAGUAGAAUCACAUUAUUUUAUUUUCUUGAUCUUGGCUAAAUCUGUCAUGCCUAGGAUAUUUCUCUGCUUUUGGCUGUCACGGGUCAUAUAAGAAGAGUAUCGGUGAUUUCAGAUAUAAAUGUAAUCAGAAUUUGGAAUGUUGGGCCUGUAAGCACAAACUACUACACACAAAGUAAAUGUUCUUGAAUAGCAGGCAUCCCAGGGAUCUGUCACUUUAUUGGAAAGCACACUAUUAAAUAAA